UAUCCAAGGGAGGCUGCUCCUCAACAUUUUUGGACUCGAUUUUCGGUUGAAAUUUUAGAGCUGGCCGUUUUGAUAAGAAUUUUUAUGCCAAAUUGGCAAAGAUGUGUGAAGUUUUAAAAUCUAAUUUUGAAACCCUUUUCCCAUUAAUAGAAAAUGCAAUAAAGCAAUGCGAAUUUGUAGCACUAGAUACAGAAUUUACUGGUCUACAGUUUGAUGAAUCAUGUAAAGCAAGUUUGUUUGAUACAAGCGAAGGCAGAUAUUUAAAAUUAAGGAGAAGUUUUACACAGUUUACUAUCUGUCAAAUAGGUCUGUCAGCUUUUGUAAAUAUCAAAGACAAUAAGUAUGAAGCCCACACCUUUAACCUUUAUCUCUUCCCACAUGCUUUUGGACCCAGUGAUGUUAGAUUUAUGAUUCAGGCAUCAAGUAUUUCUUUCUUGACCAAACAUAAUUUUGAUUUUAACAAGUUUGUAUAUGAAGGAGUGCCAUAUUUGAAUAUGGAGGAGGAGUUAAAAUUAAAAGAGCAUAUUUCAAGAAAGACCAUGUUUUCAGGUUUAGAAAGAGAAGUAGAUGAAGAAGAAAUACAAUGUAUAUGUUCUGAGAUCGCUGAAUGGUUUGUUAGAAGUAAAAAACAUGAAAUAUAUAAAGUUGAAAAUAAUUCAGAUACAAAUAAGACAAAUGCUUAUCUGUUGCAUACAGAAAUUAGAACCAGAUUUCCUGAUGUCUGGACACAUACAGAUGAGGCUGAUAAUAUUAUUGUUGAACAUGUUACAUCAAGUCGAAGAAGUGAAUUAGAAGAUUUAGAUUUAGACACCAGAAAACAAGAAGAACAAAAACUUGUACAGGCGAUGUUGGGAUUCACACGAGUGUUCAGAUUACUUCAAGAUUAUCAGAAGCCUAUUGUAGGACACAAUAUGUUAUCAGAUCUGAUGUUAGUUUUUGAUAAAUUCUACAAACCACUUCCAGAAAAAUUCUGUGAUUUUAAGAAAGAACUUAACACAGUUUUGCCAAGAAUAUACGACACUAAACAUAUAACCUUUUCAGCUAAAAAGGGUCUGGCUGAUCAUGUUGUUUUAGAUAAAACAUCGUUAAGGAAAAUUUACCAGAUCUUAAACAGUAAAGAAGCAUCCGAGGCAGUUUUAUUUUCACUGUUUAUUUUAUUUAUCUAG